ACUCUAUUGUGUUUAUGUGCGGUAGCGAGUGAAAUGGAGCCUGGUCCUGGUGAUAGUGCGCCAAAAAAUAAGGAAAAAGACGAUGACAAGGAUACGGGAGCGAAGGAAACGACGACUGAAGAAAAGUUGGACUUUUAUAGUGAAAAAUUCGAUCCGUUGUUAGCGUUGAAGUGCAAGUCGGCGCGACCACCAGUUCCUGGCGCGAAAACGUUUGAUAACCUAGCAAUGUUUAAUUCACAUUUAAAGCGAAUGCAACAAGGUGGCGCUACCGCAAAUCAGCCACAGCGCGAUGUAUUUAAAAAACCCAAGCCGGGGAGUUCUAAGGAGCAACAGGUGGACCAGUUUCAGAGACGUUUCCAACCGCAUCAAAUGCCCAUAAAAUCGACGAAAACGCGUAAACCUUUGCAAACAAUCUUCACCAAAAUGGAAUCAUACAAAGAUAGUGAAGGAGUAUUUGGUGUUUUAGAAAAAGCAAGAACUCAUCAACUUCAAAUCACCGUACAAAUUCGCCACAGCCACGGAAUUCGGGGUGUAAUCUCCGCGAAAGUUACCGCAUUCGAUAAAUACUGGAACAUGACGUUGAAUAACGUUAAUGAGUACUGGAUCAGAAGAAAAAAAGCAAAAACGCCCGCGAUUGGUGAAGCCUCAAGCCAUCAAAACUUUGCGAAGUAUUUCCCUUCAUAUGAAGUGAUCGAUACCACGGAAAUUGAAAAGCACAAGACUGACUCAGAGGCUAUUCGCGUUGAGAUGCACAAGCUGGCGAAGAUGCUCACGGCGGGCGUGUACGGACGCAACAAUAAAAAUAGCGAGCUCUGCCAUAGGCGCGUUAAUGAAUUGCUCGUUAGAGGCGAACAGGUAGUGUUUAUCGCGAUCGCGCAAGGCCGCCAAUCAUAACAUUAGACUUUACACACGUUUUCUAUUCUUUGCAAUGUUGUACGCUCCAAAGACGCUUAGUGCAUUUAUACGGCAUAUAUUUAUUUAUUUGCUUAAAAAAUGUCGUCAUGUAGGAAGAAAUAUCUCGACUAUUUUUAUGAACUUAAAUGUUAAUUAAUUUUAAACAUUUUACAUAUCAAAUCAUCACCAUAUUAAUUUUUUAUUUUGGCUUGAAAUAUUUAAUCAUUUAUAUUUUUUAGGAGAUAUUCGUUUAUUUUCGUUUAAAUUCUGAUUAGUUUCUGAGACAUAUUGUAUGUUAAUUUAUUUCUGCGGUAAUAUUAUUCAUCAAGGCAAUAUUUUUUUAUUCCUACACAUGUAAUACGCUUUGGGCAAGUUUGGAGACUGAUUAAUUAAAAUUCUGCCGCGACGAGUUUGCAAAAAUGGCAGUGCCACUGUUGAAUGUGUGUUACUUGGUGAGUUUUGCGGUUUUUGUUUUUGUUGAGGAAGCGUGUCAUUGAAUAUUGCAUUAAUUUUAUUUAUAUACUAGUUUUACAACUGUUCUGUUAUAAUAAAAAUAAUAUUCUAAAUAAAAACAUUUUACACAAA